AUGAGAAUGAGAGUGAGCCCUGUACUGCCCAAUGUGCACGGCGCACCGACCGCCCAAGACGUGAAAGACCGCAUUGCCCCGCCCGCCAAUGCCACCCUUUAUGAUGUGUGGUACGCCAAAGGCAACCGCAUCUACCAGUGCAAUCCUGAAAAGACAGGAUUCCAAUUCUGGUACAAUGUGCAAACCCACGCGUUCUUGUAUCCCACCCAAGGCGAAGAAGAGCCCUUUGAAAAACCAGGAAGAGAAAUCGGUCAAUUGAUGGCCGCCCCGUUGAACCCGGAUCAGCAAAUGGCCAGUCCCAUUGAUACGUAUCCAACGAUUUACUAUUACCCAGACGGAUCAUGGGUGGGUACCACCAAGCCCUUGGCUACGACGACCAAGGAAGAAGGCAGAGCGGAACGUGGUGAUGCGAAUAAUCUGGAUGAUCAUUUGGAACCCGUGGUGUACCGAUCCACGGACGGUUACCUGUCACAUGCCACGUAUGUCAUCCGUCUAAAGUCCAUUGACGGAUCCGUGCCGCCUAAAGAAGCAUGCACCACCAAGGGUCUUGUUAUCAACAAACCGUUCACUGCCUUCUUUAUGUUCUACACCGAUGACGAAGGUUUGCAACAACUGUCCGAAGAGAAAAUCAAGUGGAAUAACAUGGUGCGCGACUAUGCCAGACCGCCCAAGGUCUAA